AUGCUUGAUGAUAAACACACCUUGUCAGCUACAUCUAUUAGUUUGCUUAUAUUACAAGAACUAAAGCUCAUGCGACAAGACAUGAAAGAUGGAUUGACAAAAUUAAGACAAGCUAAUUGUAACAAGUGUAAAGGCAAUGGAAAAGUAGGGAACAAUAAUGAUGGAGUUGCAUUUACAUUGCCGGUAGUUGCAACACAUGAGAAGUCAGGUGAAGAGAAUCCAAUCAACCACAUAGAAAGUGCAUUGGAUUCUCAUAAACCAUCAAAAAAACUUGAACACAACAGCUGUAAAAAUCCCCCAAACGCCACGCCGAGCGAUAGAUUAGAAUUGGCUCGUACUUCCAUUAAUGAAGAGAAAUUAAAAGGAAUGAGUUUGAGAAAUUCUGCAUUGAAAAUUGAGGAACCUUCAGGAGAAUAUUCUGAUGAACAAGCUUCAUUAAGUAAAGCUCAAUCUUCUGAACUUAGUGAUCUUCAAAUAACCUGUGUGUAUGGGAACUUUAACCCCAACAUUAGUAAUUCUACGGAUGAUAUAAAUACCGAUAUCUCUACAACUGAUACAGAUAGUAAUGGUAUGGAUACUUCUAUAGCAAGUUCUAAUACAAAAUCUAUUCCUAAUGCGAGCACAGAAUUAAAGACAGGGUAUAAUGCUGUAGUUGCAUUUACAUUGCCAGUAGUUGCAACACAUGAGAAGUCAAGUAAAGAGAAUCCAAUCAACCACAUAGAAAGUGCAUUGGAUUCUCAUAAACCAUCAAAAGAACUUGAACACAACAACUGUAAAAUUCCCCCAAACGCCACGCCGAGCGAUAGAUUAGAAUUGGCUCGUACUUCCAUUAAUGAAGAGAAAUUAAAAGGAAUGAGUUUGCUAGAAAAUUCUGCAUUGAAAAUUGAAAAACCUUCAAGAGAAUAUUCUGAUAUAAGACCUGCAUUAUUAAGUGAAGCCCAACCUUCUGAACUUAGUGAUCUUCAAAUUGGCUGUGUGUAUGGGAACCUUUAUCCUAGCGCAAGUGUUGGAACAACAUGUUCUAAUGCUAAUUCUAUUUCCAAUGCGAACAGAGAUACAAACAUAGAUCAUGAUACUGUAGUUGCAUUACCAGUAGUUGCGGCAGAAAGGAAACACAAUGGUUUUAAUGAAGUUGUGAAAAAAGAUAAUAUUCAUGAUCACCAAAAUACAGCAAGAGCUACAGAAAACGUGCAAUCACAUUUUAGACCAGUUUGCCCAAAUCCCAUCACACAACAGGAUGUAUUAUCUUGGCAAUAUUAUUAUAAUCAUUUUCAUGCAAAAACACAGACGGGAGAUUUUAGAAAUGACAAUACUGCAAUAACAGGCAAGCGUAAGAAAUUAUGGCAUACGUGCAAACAUUGUGGAAGGAAUUUCGAUUCCUAUUAUAAAAAGCAGCAACAUGUUGCAUUAGCACACCAGCCGAAAGUUGUGUGUUCUUACUGUAACCAAGUUUUUGUUCAUAAACAACACAUGAUAAUCCACGUGCGUCGAAAACACACCGGUGAAAAACCAUUCUCGUGUAAGGUUUGUGGCAAAAAGUUUCCUUGUCGUGGAGAUCGCAAUCAACAUGUUAAAACUUGUGUGCCAGUACCAGUGAAUGAAUAUAUGUAAAGUUUUGUG